UCUCACAGAAACAAUCUUUGUUUGGCUUUUGCAGAAGCAAACACCACUCAUCUCUCUCUCGGGUCUCACUCAGCACCACCUCCCCCCAUGUGAUGUGAAGCCGCGUCCUCUCUCUCUCGUCUCCGUUGGACGCAGAGCCGUCGCCUUAUCACCUCCAAUUCACCACACGAGUAGUCAGUCACUGCUGCUGCAUCUGUUUCGGUGCACUCUGUCCCUCCCUCCCUCUUGCUCUGGUUUGCCUUCUUGGUCCUCUGUCUUCCUCCUCCUCCUCCCCUCCUUCCCGGACGCUGCAGGCUUCGCUGGUUGGGUCAACUGUCUGUGCAGCUGUGCCCUCCCUCUUCUUCCUGCUCAGCCUCCUCUGCUCGAUCUUUCAUUGCUUCAUUCCACUGCUGCAGCUCUUCUUGGCAGGUUUCCCUGUACUCUCUUCUGACUGGUCCUUGUUUCAGUUUCUAACGGUUCUUCCUUCUGACAGCCACAGCGCCCUGUAGAUUCAGCUCCAUUCCCUGCUGGCUGCAGCUCCCUGUCAAUCUUUCGAGGCUGCAGAGCUUUCAGUUCUUGCUGCUCUGCUUUCUUGCUCCUCCUCUCAACUCUGCAUUUCUCUCCUUCCUCUCACCUCUGCUAGCUAGCUAGUUUUCUCUCUGGCAAACGGACGGAGGAGACGCCGCCAUUAGAUACAUUGGAUAAGGAGCAAGAGCAAACAUGAGACCUCUAAGCAGCGUCGGCGUCGGGCUGGCCGUGGUGUCGUCGCUGCUCCUGCUAGCGCUCACCGCGGAGCUCUACUACAUCUUCGUGCACAAGCGCCGGCAGCGGCGGCGCGCGGCGGCCAUCUCCGACGCGGCGUCGUCCCCGUCCUCGUCCUCCCGCGAGCUGCUCCAGCUCUUCUGCUUCAAGAAGCCGCCGCCGGCGGCGCUCGCGUCCACCUACGCCGUCCCCGAGCCAGCCGCCGCCGUGGCCGUGGCCGUCGGCGUCAGCGGCGACGGCGGCGGUGCCGACGACGACGAAGACGAGACGGUGGAGGCGCAGCUGAUGCGGCUCGGCAGCCUCGUCGGGCCCACGCGGCUGCUGUUCACCAUCAAGGAGGAGACCCGCGAGGACCUCGAGUCCGAGGACGGAGGGCGGCGCAGCCGGAACCGCAGCCGCAGCCGUAGCCUCGGCGAGCUGCUGCAUUGCGCUGAGACGCCGCCGUUCCUCACGCCCAGAACCUCGCCGUCGCCGCUGCACACGGCCUCGAUGGACAACUCCUACAACCCGCUCUUCGAGUCCCCCGCGGCCAGCCCGGGCCCGGGCGCUGCACCGGCGGUGUCGCCACCGCCCAAGUUCCAGUUCCUCCGGGAUGCCGAGGAGAAGCUCUACCGCCGCGCGCUCGCCGAGGAGGAGGCCAUGAGGGCGCGGAGGUCGCCAAGGUCGCCGGCGGCCACUGCCGAGGAGGAUGGCGGGUACAUCACCAUCGUGGUGGCCAAGAACAACCGCGCCAUCCCCAUGCCGUCGCCACCCGCCUGCGCCGCCGCCGGCGGCCAUUAGUGAGCGCGCGACUGAUGAGCAGAGCUGUUCAGAUGGACAGGAGGUUUUGAUGGAUUAACGACUUGCUUCAUACUCCCUCCCUGUGCAUUCUUCAGUGUGUUCUACUAGUGUAGUCGCUCUUGUGAUGUAGUAAAACUCUCCCUUUUUUUUCUUUUGUUUUUGUUUGGUCUAUGGUCUUGUGACCAUAUGCCAAAUUUGAAUCAGUGAUUGGAUGUAUAUAACAUCGAACUGAUGAGGAAUUGACAAUUUCAGUUCAAAUCAAUAUGUUUCUCUCCAUAUCUUCUGUUUAGUACUCCUACAUGCCAAAUUUCUGUAGAAAUGUUUGGUUCCAAUUUGAUAUAGUGUGCUUCAGUGGAGCUUUUUUUUUGCUAGAUCUUUUUUUUUCUUGGUGUUUGAUUGUACUUGUAGAUAGACAUGUAUGGAAGGAUGUGUACAGCUGUUCGUGCACAUGAUAUGAGCCUAUGAGGAUGGCUAGUGGAUUAUGAUGUCUGAAAGCCCACACUGACAUGUCUGAAAGUGCAACUUUCCACUUUCUCAUACUCAAUUUGUCAGAUGUACAUGUCCUAAUACAGCUCUCUUGCAAUUCC